AGGGAGAAAGGGGGAUGCACAUUUUGGAAUUUGGAUCAAGGAGUCUUUAAACCAAGUAAAUACUAAAAAGCAAUGCCAGCCAUUAAAAGGAGAGUACUAAAGCUCAACAAGAACUAGAUCACCAUUCACCAAUAAAAGAGAAAGAAACACACAAAGCACAGCCAGAGAAGAACAAUCAAAGUGAAAGAGAUCGAUCAAUGUAUCGGUUUAGCAACACUGUUAUUGGUUUCUUGAACCUAUUCACUCUCCUAGCUUCGAUACCGAUAAUCGGAGCAGGAUUAUGGAUGGCAAGGAGCAGCACAACAUGCGAGAACUUCCUCCAAACCCCACUCUUGAUAGUAGGGUUUGUUAUACUUGUAAUUUCUCUGGCCGGUUUCAUUGGAGCCUGCUUUCAUGUGGCGUGGGCGCUCUGGGUUUACUUGGUGGUCAUGUUGUUUAUAAUUGCAACACUCAUGGGUUUGACCAUAUUUGGAUUUGUUGUGACAAGCCAAGGUGGUGGUGUUGAAGUGCCUGGAAGGGUUUAUAAGGAGUAUAGGCUUCAAAAUUAUUCAACAUGGUUGAGGAAUAGGAUUGAGGAUCCUAAAUAUUGGACUACUGUUAGGAGCUGCAUAUUGGGUUCAAACACUUGUGCCAAGGUUGCCUUUUGGACUCCUAUGGAUUAUCUACAGAGAGACAUGUCCCCAGUGCAGUCUGGUUGCUGUAAGCCACCAAGUUCGUGCAACUACAACACGGCAGCAGUGGUGUCUCAAGACCCAGAUUGCUACAAAUGGAACAAUGCACCGAAUCUGUUAUGCUACGAGUGCGAUUCCUGCAAAGCUGGUGUGCUUGAAGACAUAAGAAGAGAUUGGCACAAGCUCUCUGUUCUCAGCAUUGUGGUGCUCAUCUUUCUCAUUGCAAUUUACUCCAUUGGUUGCUGUGCUUUCCAGAACACUAAACGGGCUGAAACCGAUUACCCCUAUGGUCAGAACCGGAUGACCAAAGUCCGUCCCAGAUGGGAUUAUUACUGGUGGAGAUGGUGGCAUGACAAGAAAGAGCAACUUUACUAGCCAUGCUGAAGCAGUGAAGCUUUAAUAUAUCUUCUCUCCCAUGUGUAUUCCUCUGUAUUAAUGUACUUGUUGUGCUUUAAAGAUGAGACAAUUCAGUUUGUUUUUCAGUGUGAUGGGAAUAUAUAUAUCUAUAUAUUGGAGAUUU